UCCAUAAAUGUACGCACUAUCAUAAAGGUGUGUAACCAGGAUUUGAAUUGGUUUAAACAUCACGUUUAAUAUUAUAUUUAAAUGAAUGAGUUAAACACAAACAACCUGUUUAUUAAACUAGUUUGAAAUAUUCUACACUUAUAUUCAUAUUCAUAUACAUAUAUAGAGGACUAUUAACCAGUUUUCAGCAUCUUUUUCCAAAUGACGAUCCUUGUUGUGGCGAUAGACUUUGGGACGACAUACAGCGGAUAUGCAUACUCCUUCAAAUCGAAACCUACAGAGAUUAAAACAAACCAGAGCUGGUCCAAAAGCCUGAUUUCUCUCAAAACACCUACUGUAAUACUUGUCGACCAAGACCGGAAGUUCCAUGCAUUCGGCUACGAGGCUGAGGAAAAGUACGCACAACUACUGGAAGAUGACGAAGCCGAUGGUUGGGCGCUUUUCCGGCGAUUCAAAAUGCAACUGUACAAAAACCCGGAUUUGUCUAAGGGUUUGGAAGUCACGGAUUUAUCCGGAAAAGUAAAGAUACCAGCGAUUAGUGCCUUCUCUAUGGCUAUAAGAUAUUUAAAAGAUCAUGUGCUGGCAACGUUGAAUGAAAAACGAAGUGGGAAACUUAUCAUAGACGAAUCAGACGUCCAUUUUGUGCUGACAGUUCCCGCCAUUUGGGACGAUAGAGCUAGGCUUUUUAUGAGAGAAGCCGCUGCAGACGCAGGUAUACCGAACGAUCGUUUUAGCCUCGCUCUUGAAUCUGAAGCAGCCUCGGUUUGGUGUCAGAAUAUUCCAUUUGUAGUAUCCACUGAUGGUGACCACUACGACCUCAAGACUGUUGGUUCAAAGUACAUGGUCGUUGAUAUGGGAGGUGGAACAGUAGACAUCACAUUACAUCAGAAACUGGCCAAUGGUAAGCUUAGAGAACUCCACAAAGCAAACGGCGGUAACUGGGGAGGAACGCAAGUCGACAAAGCUUUCGUUAAUACUCUUAGAGAUGUACUUGGUCAAGAGACAUUGAAACGUUUCGAGGAGGAAUGCUUGAAUGACGUGUUUGAUCUUCUGAAAGAGUUCGAAACAACUAAAAGAGCAAUUCAGCCAGAUUCCAGCGGUUCUGUGAAAAUACGUUUGCCUUUGUCACUACAGAUGCUUAAACUGGAAGAGAAAGAAGAUUUGAAAGGCUGUCAGCUCCGGAAGGAGUUUAUGAAAACAUUAAUGUCAAAGAAUUAUGGGGAUAUGAUAACAAUAAAGGAUAACCGAUUGAGAAUAGACGCAAGCAUUGCUGUUGGGAUGUUUCAACAUCCGGUCAGUCGAAUAUGUGAACAUAUGCGAGAGCUUCUGUGCGACCCAGAUGUAGGGGAUAUAAAUACCAUCUUAGUGGUCGGGGGAUUUUCAGAAUGUGAAAUUGUUCAAAAUGCCAUAAAGAAUGAAUUUAAGCGAAAGAAAGUGAUUUUUCCACCUGAACCAGGAUUAGCGGUUCUUAAAGGGGCCGUUUUGUUCGGACACAACCCAGGCAUAAUUGCCAGCAGAAAGGCAAGAUUCACUUAUGGUGUGAGAGGCUCUGUAGAAUUCGACUCGGCGCAACAUCCGGCACAUACAAAGAGAAUUGUUAAUGGCGUUGCGAUGUGUUCAGAUGUGUUUAAAGUUCUUGUAAAACAGGGAGAAGAAGUCGAAACAGGCCACAGAAUAACUGAAACAAAAUACCCAGCCUCUGAUGACGACAGAACAGCAAAUAUUGAGUUGUUCCUCUCCACAGAUCCCAAUCCAGUUUUUGUGACUGACCCAACUUGCUCAAAAAUUGGCCAUAUGCACGUGAAACUACCGAGAGGGAAUACAACCAAAGAGCGAGGGUAUGAAAUCGCGUUCAUCUUUGGAGAGAUUGAAAUUAUGCUUAAAGUGAAGCAUCUGAAAACAGAAGAAUCAUUUACUGAAUAUUUUGGGUUCAUGUAACGCUAAUGAUGUCAGCACUGGAGUCAAAAACGAAUCGCCAGUUUUUCCGUAUGAAAAUGGAAACUUGACAUAUAAACCCGAAACAAGUCUUUCAAUCAAAAAUAAUAAUCAAGUACUUUUUAAAUGUCAAUUAGUUUUUGUUUAUGCGUUUGUAAUGUGUGAUUGUAUGACGAAUUUUGUUCACAACAUUUAUGAUAUUAAUCAUUCAGUUCAAUUGAUUUGAAGUGUUCACGAAAAUUUGAACAUGUAUUUUCAUUCCUAAUUAGUGCCAGAAUGAACGAUCUGAUCUUACGGAACUUUUUUGCUAGGAGUCUUCAAUGCGUGAUGAAUUCGCUUGUAUGUGAACUUCAACGAGUGUAUAUGUUUCCCUAUACAUGCCCACCAAGUGUGAAUCGUAUGUAGGUAAUAAAUUAACAAACAUCAACAUUUUGUUCUAGAAUUAGCUCCAUUCGAGAGUUGGUUCCAGCAGAUUAUACGUGACUUCUCCAAAAGAAUGUUAGGAAUUUUAGCAUCAGGGAUAAAUGCAAGUUUCAGAAGUUACUUCAAUUGCAGGUGCUUCCUUGGUACGUUAACAUAAUGAAUUACAGUAAUUUUGGUUUGAGGAGUCGUGGCUCGAACUCCUGUCCCCCAUGGUUUUGAAGUUCGGCGUCAUACAGCUGAACUGCAGCGUCCGAUCUAAACUUCGACGCUAUCUUUAAGCCUAUAAGAAUUUAAUUCCUGUGUAAGAAUAGAAUACAACCAUGCAAAAUAUUAGCAGACUCGUUUUGAUGGAGUCAAGCGGAAUCCUUCCAUUCAUUAUCACUAAAUGGACUACAUUAUUCCAAAGAACAAAAAAAAAAAAAAACACUCAAGAGUCCAUAAACGGAGCGACUUUUAACUGCCGCAAAGAAGUACGGAACAGUACGGGACAGAACAGUAAACUAUGUAGUGGGCAAGAAAAUUAUUGGUACACAGAUGAUGUUCGUUUACCAGCUAUUAUGAGAAGUUCAUUCUAGUAAUACUAUUAAUAUUGUCUUUUUAUAGAUGUUUAUGUCGAUUUCAUAAAAAUAAAUUGAAUAUAUUA